UGGAAGUUUGCUGUGAGGGCUUAUCUGGAAAUGGAAGGCUUGUGGAAAUCCGUAUUAGGAACAGAAGAGGAUGUUAAGAAAAUCAUUAUGGCUCGAUCAAAACUAAUUUUACUGGUGGAUACUUUAUUGUUUGUUCAUAUUCAAGACGCUUCAACAGCAAAGCAAAUUUGGGACAAUUUCAUUAAUGCCUUUCACACGCCGAGUAAUGAAAAUUCUACACCUGAAGAAGUUUGGACAGGACGUAAGCCAACUUUGAAACAUUUAAAAGUAAAUGGUUGUAUGUCUAUUGUACAGGUUCCAAAAGAAAAACGAAAGAAGCUUGAUCCUAAAGGUAAAGAAUUGUUAUUUGCUUGAUAUUGUGCUACAUCUAAAGCAUAUAGAUUUCUUGAUUACAAAACGAAGAAAAUUACAAUUAGUAGAAAUGCAAUAUUUUUGGAAGACAAAUUUCUCAAAGAUGUGUGUGAAGACAACAACAAUGUCUAUUAUAUUCCAUUCGAUGAAAACCCGAACAAUUUUAUUAGCUCAACCGAAGAAAAUGAUAAUUUUGGUAUCGAAGAAAAUGAUUCUGAUUCAGAAUGUUACUAUUCAGAGGAUGAAGUUAUAACAGUUGGUAGUUCAAAAAAUACUCCUGCAGUUUCAUUAAGUGAAUGUAUUGUUAGUGAUGAUGUACCAUCAGAAGAAGCCAUAAUAAUUAACAAUACAGAUACACCUACCGUAAGUAAUGAUGAAACAUUGGAAGAAAAUGAAAAUGUUGUAAAUUCUGAUGUGCUAAAUGAAAACUUAAGAAGAUCUACAAGAAUUCGUAAAGUUCCAGUCUGUUAUGCAAAUAAUGCAUCAAAUCUUGCUAUAGCAGAAUGGUCCUUAAGCUGAAUUAUGGAAAAGCGCAAUGG